UUAUUCAUUUUCUCGCAGUCUACAGGAGAAGCAGCAGCAGCAACAUGCCCGACCCAGCCAAGGCCGCUCCCAAGAAGGGAUCCAAGAAAGCCGUGACCAAGACGGCCGGCAAAGGAGGCAAGAAGCGCAGAAAGUCCAGGAAGGAGAGCUACGCUAUCUACGUGUACAAAGUCCUGAAGCAGGUGCACCCCGACACCGGCAUCUCUUCUAAGGCGAUGGGUAUCAUGAACUCGUUCGUGAACGACAUCUUCGAGCGUAUCGCCGGUGAGUCCUCUCGUCUGGCUCAUUACAACAAGCGCUCCACCAUCACCUCCAGGGAGAUCCAGACCGCCGUGCGCCUGUUGCUUCCCGGCGAGCUGGCCAAGCACGCCGUGUCCGAGGGCACCAAGGCCGUCACCAAGUACACCAGCUCCAAGUAAAGCGCCUUACCGCCGUCUUCAUCAACCCAACGGCUCUUUUAAGAGCCAC